AUAUAAACCUCAUGUCUGUUUCAGAAAUAUUUUUUCAGUGUAUGUUUUAGGAAAAUUUGUACCUGUAUAUACAUGAUUCAGGCUUAUCUUUGCCUAUCAGCCAUUUUGUUCAAGCUGAAGUUGCAGUAAUAGCGGCAGCGUUCAAUGAAAUAAUCAUGUCCAUUACCAUUUAACAUGUGGAAAAGGAAAGACGAGUUCGUGCUACUCACCAGGAGCGCCUUGCACCAACCUCCUAGCUCAAGAUGAAGCACUUCAGCCAUGGCAGGCGAUAUGGUCAUGCUAGCCCUCAACUACAGGAUCAGCGUUGCGGAACUGAAGCGAGUAAACCGCAUCCAGAAGGACUCUGAAUUCCACGCGCUCCGAAGCGUCAAGAUUCCUGUGAAACCGAACUCCGAGCUCAGCGAGAUCCUGGAUGAUGAGGCGGCGCAGGAUGCUGGGAUUGCCGGAUCUCCCGGUCCUGUAGCUUCUAGGACUCAAUCUCUGUCUUCUGUAAGGAGCUUGUCCAGCUGCACUGCAGACGCCGACGACAGCGACUCCUGCGUUGGUUAUAUCAGCAUCCAGCAGAUUCUUAGAGAGAAGAACUCUAGAAGAGAAGCGCGACAUUUUUUAGAGAAUAUGCGCAGAGAUCUCGUGCGCAUCAAAGAGAAAGUUGUGAGCCAGAAGUCGUCGCUUGACGAGGCGACGGCAGCGCUCACGGACCCGCGGUUCGUGCCGCUGAAGGACAGCGCAACGCGUGAGGGCGAGGGGGUGUCGUGGUGGCGGCUCUUCCUGUGUGCAAUACUAGCCUUGUUACUCCUGCCUUUAGCUUAUCUCGUAUACUUGCUCUAUUUAUAGCUUCUUGUUAAAUCCUAGACUUCCGAUCAAUUUAACCUAUUUAGGGUAUUUUUUUAGUAAAGUUUAUACGUUGUU